GUCGCGCUGCUUGCGUCGUUCAGGGCAGAGCUCCGUGGUGCUGUCUCACCGGUGAGGCCGAGAAGCCGGCGAGUCCCGCGCUCUGUGGCACCUGCAGCCCCCCGCCUCCCGCCACCAUGGAGUACCUCAUUGGCAUCCAGGGCCCCGACUAUGUCCUUGUCGCCUCCGACCGGGUGGCCGCCAGCAAUAUUGUCCAGAUGAAGGACGAUCAUGACAAGAUGUUUAAGAUGAGUGAAAAAAUCUUACUCCUAUGUGUCGGAGAGGCUGGAGACACUGUACAGUUUGCAGAAUACAUUCAGAAAAAUGUGCAACUUUAUAAGAUGCGAAAUGGGUAUGAAUUGUCUCCAACAGCAGCAGCUAAUUUCACACGCCGAAACCUGGCUGACUGUCUUCGGAGUAGGACCCCGUAUCACGUGAACCUCCUCCUGGCUGGCUACGAUGAGCACGAGGGGCCCGCGCUCUACUACAUGGACUACCUGGCAGCCUUGGCCAAGGCUCCUUUCGCAGCCCACGGCUACGGGGCCUUCCUGACGCUCAGCAUCCUGGACCGAUACUACACGCCAACUAUCUCACGUGAGAGGGCCGUGGAGCUUCUUAGGAAAUGUCUAGAGGAGCUCCAGAAACGCUUCAUCCUGAACCUGCCAACCUUCAGCGUUCGAAUCAUUGACAAAAACGGCAUCCACGACCUGGACAACAUCUCCUUCCCCAAGAAGGGCUCCUAACGUCGCCGCCCUCCCACUCGCCGGGGAGUUUUUCUGAUGGGCUUCUUUAUUUUUUUCUACUCUUUUGACGUGCACUCUUGAUAAAUGGUUAAUUCAGAAUAAAGCCAAAUAGCAACACAUCGA